AUGACCGAGGAAGUAUCGCUGGUGGAUGUGUCAUCGUCUGUGGCUCUGAAAAGUGAAGACUCCAGCAAUUUUUCACUGUUACGAGACCUCUUCAUAACAGAUGUUGCUGCAAGCGACCCAGCAGACUCUAGUGCUGAUGUUCACAAACACGAGCUCUCUUCAGGCGAUUCUGACGAUGAUAAUGAAGAAGUUGUUCCCAAUCAAAUUAAUUACUCACAGCGACGACGAGUCCAGAACGCUCAAUUUGAAGCCCUGCUGUCCAAGUGCGCCGAUACGGAUCCCAAUGAAGACACGGAUAGAGCGCCAAUGGCUUUAUCAGAUGGUGAGCUAUCUACGGCCAAUUUGAUCGCAAAGCAAGAUCUGGGACGCGGGAUGUUGGACCCGAGGGAAUAUCAGAUUGAGCUAUUCGAACGGGCUAAGGCGCAGAAUACAAUUGCCGUUCUUGAUACAGGGUCGGGAAAGACGUUGAUCGCCGUGCUUUUGCUGAGACAUACCAUCCAGAAUGAGCUGGAUGAUCGUGCGAAUGGAAAACCUCAUCGUGUGUCGUUCUUUCUGGUUGACAGCGUCACACUCGCAUAUCAACAGGCGGCGGUUUUGCGCAAUAAUAUCGACCAGGACGUUGCGCACUUCUUUGGAGCCAUGGGUACUGACCUAUGGGAUAAACGGACCUGGGAUGAGCAUUUGCAGCGGAACAUGGUGAUAGUCUGUACAGCGGAGAUUCUGAACCAAUGCUUGCUCAAUUCAUACGUGAAGAUGAAUCAAAUAAACCUGCUGGUCUUUGAUGAAGCUCAUCAUACGAAGAAAGAUCACCCAUAUGCACGCAUUAUCAAGGAUUCUUAUUUCAAGGCACAGCCUUCUCAGCGUCCACGGGUCUUCGGAAUGACAGCAUCACCAAUCGACACAAAAGGGGACAUCAUAGAAGCCGCAACGAGACUAGAGACCUUGUUGGAUAGUCGAAUCGCCACAACUUCAAAGAUCACACUCUUGCGCGAAGUUGUCAGUCGCCCGAUAGAGAAAGUGUGGGCGUAUAACAGGCUUGAGUCACCUUUCGCAACAGAACUUUAUAAGCUCAUGGAUGAUCGCUAUGGCAAUAUCAAGGUGCUCGAAGGAGUCUUUAGAUUUGCCUGGCAUGCCAGCUCAGAACUGGGCAAAUGGUGUUCAGACAGAGCAUGGUGGCAUGCCUUGGCAGACGAUGUGUUGCCCAAACUUGAGGGUAACAUCAGCAAGCUUGUUGAGUCGAACCCUUUGAAUGCAGAACAUGGCGCUAUUUUCAAAGAGAUUAUACGCAUCAGAGAAGCAAGUGAUAUCGUCAAGAACUAUUCUUUCGCUGAUCCGGAGCUCCCAGGCGAACUUAGCCCUAAAGUGCAGCUUCUCCGUACGGAACUCAGCAAACGCUUCAGCCAUGCCACAGGAACUAAAUGUAUUGUCUUUACGCAGAAGCGCUACACUGCGAAAAUCCUCAAGGAGCUUUUUACAGUCCUGGACAUUCCUCACUUGCGCCCAGGGGUUCUCAUUGGCGUUAGACCCGGUGACAUCGGUGGCAUGAACAUUACGUUUCGGCAACAAUUUCUUGCUUUAGUCAAGUUCAGAACGGGAGAGAUCAAUUGCUUGAAGUUUGCUACAUCAGUGGCGGAAGAAGGUCUCGACAUCCCAGAUUGCAACCUGGUUGUCAGAUUUGAUCUUUAUCGCACACUUAUCCAAUACGUACAAAGUCGAGGACGAGCUAGACAUUGCACCUCCACGUACGCAAGUAUGGUCGAAAAGGACAAUGCGGAGCAUGAAGCACGACUUAAAGAGGUUCGCGAGGCCGAAAAAAUUAUGCAGCGGUUCUGUGAAACCCUCCCCGAAGAUCGAAUAUUGCACGGAAACGACCAUGACUUAGAUUCGCUUCUUCAAGAAGAGGAGGGAAGACGAACAUUUACAGUAAAAAGCACAGGAGCAAAGCUCACAUAUCAUUCCGCCACUGCAAUUCUUGCGCGUUAUGCUAGUUCUCUGCAAUACGAGAAGGAAACCGUACCUCAAGCAACAUAUGUAGUCUCGUCUGUCAGCAAUGCCUAUGUUUGCGAAGUGAUAUUGCCGGAAAAGUCGCCCAUUCGAGGACUCACUGGAAGCCCGGCAAUGAGAAAGUCCAUCGCCAAACAAUCUGCGGCUUUCGAUACACGCUUGCCAGCAAUGAGGAACGCAAAGUUAGCUAUCACGUGCAAGCGAACGAACCAGUAUGACAUGCUGUUAAAGCCCUCCAUCUGGGCUAGACAACGGACCAUUCCAACUGACACAUUUUACGGGACUUAUAUAUCCCUCCUGCCCUCGAAGCCCUUGAGUCGCGACCACGGACCCAUACUCUUGCUGACCCGGGAAAAGUUGCCAGAGUUCCCGGCAUUCUCAAUCUACCUCGACGAGGACGUCGAGACUAAGGUCCUCUCCAACCCACUGAAGCAUGGCUUGCGAAUAUCGGUCGACGAACUACAGUCGCUGACUACAUUUACCCUUCGCGUAUUUCGGGACGUUUUUCACAAGGUUUAUGAACAUGAAGUCCAAAAAAUGCCUUACUGGCUUGCUCCAGCAGAGGCGCUCGGCGAUCGAGGCAGGGGAACAAAUCCUCGCGAUUGUAUUGACUGGGAUACAGUAUCCUUUGUACACAAUAACGACGAAAUCCCUUUCUCUAGAGACCUGAACCCUGACUCCUUGGUGGAUCGGUUUAUAUUCGACAACUGGGACGGGCGGUGCCGUUAUUUCACAGUUGCUGUGGCUGAUACAUUGCGACCCUCUGAUCCGCCGCCACCUUCGGUGCCACGUCGUAGGCAUAUGAAUGAUAUUAUGAACUACUGCCUGAGUCUGUCGAAGAAUUCACGAGCCAGGUUUCUUUCCGGCUGCGACUGGAACCAGCCAGUCCUCCAGGCGGAGCUUGUCCGUCUUCGCAGGAAUCUCCUGGAUAAAAUGACCACCCAGGAGAAGGAGACACAAACAGAGUGUUUUAUAUGUGCUGAGCCGCUGAAGAUAUCUGCUAUCCCUACUCCGAUAGCGUCUACCUGUCUCGCAUUUCCUGCUAUCAUCAGCAGACUGGACUCAUAUCUCAUCGCUCUCGAAGCAUGCGACGAACUCGAUCUUGUUAUCCAACCAGAUUUUGCCCUGGAAGCAUUCACAAAGGAUUCGGACAACACUGAGGAGCAUCGAGGUCAACAAAUCCAUUUCCAACGAGGGAUGGGCAAGAACUACGAGCGUUUAGAGUUCUUGGGCGAUUGUUUUCUGAAGAUGGCAACAUCGAUUGCACUUUUCACUCAGAACCCAGAUGAUGACGAAUUCGAUUACCAUGUGAACCGGAUGUGCCUCAUUUGCAACAAGAAUCUCUUCAAUACGGCCAUUAAGAAGCAGAUCUACCGGUACAUCCGUAGCCGGGGAUUCUCAAGGCACAUAUGGUAUCCUGAUGGGUUGACCUUGUUGCAAGGAAAGGACCACAGCAAAAAGCUCCUUUCCGAAGGAAAACAUGCCCUUGGAGAAAAGACGAUUGCUGACGUUUGUGAGGCCCUGAUAGGAGCAUCGUUGCUGUCGGGAGGCCCCGAACAUAGAUUUGAUAUGGCUACGAAAGCAGUGACUGCUCUUGUUGACAGCCCCAGCCACAGGGUCUCCUGUUGGAAGGAUUACAUCACUCUUUACACUAUGCCCAAAUACCAGGCCGAGAAAUCCAGAGGGUCUGAGGAUGAUCUGGCCCGUCACGUUGAGGAGAAGCUGGGUUACCACUUCACUUAUCCCCGACUCCUGGCAUCUGCCAUCACCCAUCCCUCUCUCCCUUCGACGUGGGGCUACCGGGUGCCCUGCUACCAGCGACUUGAGUUCCUUGGCGAUUCACUGCUAGAUAUGGUCUGUGUGGAGGACCUGUUUCGGAGAUUUCCUGAUCGAGACCCUCAAUGGCUCACCGAGCAUAAGAUGGCGAUGGUAUCAAAUAAGUUCCUUGGCGCAUUAUCUGUGAAGUUGGGAUUUCAUAGGCGUAUCAUGGCUUUCAGCAACCCUCUACAAGCUCAAAUUACUCACUAUGUCGAGGAGAUUGAGACUGCACAGGCUGAAAGCCAUGGGGCGGCCGAUUAUUGGGUCGUUGCGAAGGAUCCACCAAAGUGUUUGCCAGACAUGGUCGAAGCGUAUCUCGGAGCGAUUUUCGUGGACUCAAAGUUCGACUUUCAAGUGAUAGAGGCGUUCUUUGAGCGCCAGAUCAAACCAUACUUUGAGGACAUGUCAAUCUACGACACUUUCGCCAACAAGCAUCCAACUACUUUCCUCCACAACAGGCUGACGAAUAAGUACGGUUGUACAAACUACUGCUUAAAAGCAGGAGAAUUGCCAACCAUUGAUGGAGCGCCAGCUGGCGUCCUGGCUGCUGUCAUUGUGCAUGGUAUUGUGAUUUCAGAGGCAAGAUCGUCUUCCAGUCGUUAUGCAAAAGUCAAGGCAAGUGAGAAGGCUUUGACAGUGCUUGAUGGUCUUCUGCCCUCCGAGUUUCGUCAGAAGUACCAUUGCGAUUGUAAAGAAACAGAGAACUCUUCCUCUGCAAUGGAUAUUGGGACUGCAAUUUGA